AUGGUCGAACAUCUUAUUGCUCUCCUUGAUCACUUAGGUUUAGACAAAGUCGUUGUCGUUGGGCAUGAUUGGGGUGUUCGACCAGCGAGCCGUUUUGUUUUAUAUUAUCCCGAGCGUACAUUAGGUCUUGUUCUUAUUAGUGUCGGCUAUCGACCACCGGCGAAACUUGAUCUUGACCAAGCAUUGGUGAUAUCAAAGAAAGCUAUUGGGUACGAAAUGCUUGGCUAUUGGAAAUUCUUUGAUUCUGACGAUGCUGCAACGAUUAUGGAAAACAAUGCAGACAGCUUCAUUGAUCUUGCCUUUACGAGUGAACCGAUACAAUGGAAAACAGAUUUGGCUCCGCUCGGAAAGAUACGGGAGUGGAUAGAAAAUGGAAAAAAAGCGAAUCGGGCUUCAUAUAUGGCAGAAGACGAUUACAAAACAUUCCGUCAAUAUAUCGUUGUGGGAAUGCAGCCGAAAUUGAAUUGGUACAAAUCAGCGAUUACAAAUGUCGACUGGAAUGAUGAAAUGAGCCUUGAUCCAACAAUUAAACGACCAACUCUUUAUAUUGGAGGAACAAAAGAUUAUAUAUGUCUUAUUCAAGCUUUUGCAACACAAAAGCAAUACAUAACUGACUUGAAAGUAAUCGAAUUAGAAGCAUGUCACUGGAUCAUGGAAGAGAAGCCAGACGAUGUCAAUCAAGUGAUUAACGAAUGGAUCAAAGGAAUCUUGUGA